AAACGAAAAUAUAUGGAAUCAUGCCAUAUAUUGCACCUGAAGUGUUAAUCAAAAAGCAAUAUUCAUUUAGUUCAGAUAUCUACAGUUUAGGAAUGAUUAUGUGGGAACUUACAUCUGGAUUGCGCCCUUUCUGUAAUUUGGCAUAUACACAUCUUAUGUUCAAUAUAUGUGAUAAAACAUUACGACCAAAAAUUACAGAAGAUACACCACAAUGUUGGGCUAUUUUGAUACAAAAAUGUUGGCAUCCAAACCCUUCAGAAAGACCACCUAUUAAUGAAAUAUAUAGUGAAAUCAUUUCUAAUUAUUGGAACAUAGAUAAAAUUUUUAUAGAAGCUGAAAAUAAACGAAAAGAAUUACUUAAGUCCAGGAAAUUUAUAGCCAAAUAUAUGCAUCCUUGUUCUAAAACACAUAGUAAAUUAUUAAAUCCUACAAUAGACUCGAUGUUUUCAUUAUUUCAAAAUUCUAGAUUUUUUACAUCAGGCUCUACAGAUUCUUCCCAAAAUAUUAGCAUUCUUUCAUUAAAUCUUAC